GAUCCAUGCAGGGUGGAAAAUCCCCAGUCCUGAUGAUCCAUGGCUGAUGUGAGGCUUAGAAAGCUCAUGGCGGUGGUAAUGCUACACCGUCCCCAACAUAGUCAUGAUCUCAUCCUUUCACUGCCAGCCCUGGUGUGCUGUCUGCCACCUCUUUGCAGGGACCACUGUCAAAGGCAUGACAGCCCCUGCAUCCCUGACUCUCCCUGCUUGACACCCACAGAGACCAUGGCACUGCUGUCCAACACCAGCUCAAGCACUGCAGCCCCCCUCCCUCCCUCCAGUCCUGCAACCUCCACCCCAGAGAUGCCAAUGGAUGCCUUCACAACCAGUGCUGCUGCACCUCAGGGGAGCAGCCCAGCAGCCUCCAGCAUCACCACAGCACAGGAGAGGGGCAGCACAGCCCACAGCAUUACUGGGUUGCCUGAGCUGGGGCUCACCACUGGCACGCCAAAAGAGGUGGGGCUCACCACUGGCACCCCAGCUCCAACCUCCAUGGCCAUAACACCCAACUGUCCCAAGACAACCAAUGUCCCGUCUGUGGGGACCAGCACAGCCCUGGCUCUCAGCUCGUUUGGAGUUGAAAUGAGCACACUGCCUCCCCCCACCUCUGCUCUUCUCUCCUCCACUUGGGUGGGCACCACACUUGGCACCAGCACCCACCAAGGGCCAGCCACGACCAUGCUGCAGGGCAGCACAUCCCCAGGGAGCGGCAGCACCUCUUCUGCCACCACACCAGCACUGACAGACACUUCGAAGAAGCCCUUGACGACCCCAUCAGACACCACAGCCUCCCUCAUUACUAGCACAGUGGCCGCCAAGCGCACCCCUGCCCCCAGCCAGCCUGUCGUGAACACGGCCAGGACCACCCUUGGUACCUCCACCCUGGCAGCACCCAAGACUCCCAGUGCCACUGCAGAGACAACUGCCAUGGGUGUGACAGCAACCACGUCCCCAUCUCCCCCCACCUCCUCAAUAUCUAUGGAGACCUCGGCACAGCUGCCCACCACUGACUCCACCACUGCAGCCACCCUCUCUCCCUCCAGCCCUGAAACAGAAGCUUCCACCCCAGAGAGGUCCAGCACAUCCCCAGGGACUGGCAGCUCCCCAACUCCCACCACGCCUCCUCCCACAACAACAGCUACUUCAUCUGAGCCCUUGACAACCCUGGCAAACACCACGGCCAGCCCUGUUACCAGCAUGGAGGUCCCCCUGAGCACCCCCUCUCCCAGCCACCCGGCCAGGACCACGUCCAGGACUACCCCUGACAUCUUCCCCCCAACUAUGGAGUCGACUCCAGGCAUUGAGUUCUCUUUCCCCACCACGAACUCGACCCAGACCUCAGAGGUUACCCGCAGCACUCCUGCAGACCCGCCAGUGCCGCCACCCGUCUGCCCCACUGGCUCGUCCAACACCAGUACAUCUCGCCUCUUCCUAUCACUGCGGCUAAGCACCCCCCUGGACCUGGGCAACAGCACGGUGCAGGAGCUGGUGUUGUCCAAGCUCCGUGAGGACCUGCAGACAGCAUUCCCGUGUGCUGGCCUGUCACUGGAAUGGCGAGGGAAGAGGAGGCUUGGGGCUGCUGCUGUCCCUGUCAUUACGGAGGGGCCCUUUAGUGUGGGGACAGCUUAUCCCAUCACAGCAGAGAAUGAGGGGCACAGUGCCCUGGUGACAGGCACUGCAGACACAAGCACCACGGCAGCUGAUGCUGAGAUAGACGAGAGCAUCUUCACGAGGAGCCCCUUGAGUUCGACCUUCCCUCCUGGGGCUGAGCCGGACUCCUUUGUGACUGUGAUGAGUGAAUAUGGCCCUACAGUGCCAGCCUUGAUGAAUGUGACCAAGCCUCUUAACACAUCUCAGGGUAUCGAGGGGGGGUUGGCUGCUCCCACUACAGCCACGACUGCUGCUGCUAUCACUGCACAACACCCUGCUGUCACCCCAGAAGCAGAGUAUGAGGUAAUAGAGGCCACUCCUGAUCCCAUCCUAGACAUCACCCCAGAUGUGAAGGAAGACAUCCCUGAGGCUGUGACCAGAGGAGAAGAAGACAUAGACCUCACCAAUGGCAACGUGCCCCUCCCUACCACCCCUCCACCAGCAGACACCUGGGUGCCACAGCCAACUGCUGGUAGCCCCGUGGGUGUUGGUGUCACUGUGUUGCCAAGCCAAGGGCUGACCACAGCCAUGGGAGCAGUUGAGGAAGUCAUAACCCUGCCUGCAUCUAUCCAAACUGGAGCCAAUGGCAAAUCCUCAAGUCCCAACCCCAGUGCUGAGGAGCUGCUUACGACCCAGCAGGGUGGAGUGGUGAGCAGGAUUGAGGGCACUAACCCAGAGCCAGCAGAGGAAAUGGCCCCAGCUGCUGAGGAAAGUCCCUUGGUUUCAGAGUCUGGGGAUGCAGGAGAUGCAACAAAUGAUGAACUGGCCUCAGGGAUGCCGGCACCUUUGGGAGAAGCAUCCCCCCAUGCUCCCAUACCCCCCAACGCUGCCCCAGUGCUGCCUUCUGCUCCACAGAGAGGAAGUGCUGCAGAGGGGGUGUCUGUCAGCCCUGGGCUUUCCGCUCCACUCGCAGCACUUCCAGCUGUGCCCCUCUAUGGGUAUGGAGCAAGGGAAAAUGAUCGGGAGUAUGUGGAAAGGAGAGUGGAUUUUAAUUCUCCACUUUUCAAGCCCGAGACUGGAUUCCCAUUCGGGAGAACCCUGCGUGACUCUCUCUACUUUACAGACAAUGGACAAAUAAUUUUCCCAGCCUCAGACAAAGGCAUCUUCACGUAUCCCAACCCUCCUCCUGGCGGCUUCAAUGGCCAUGAGGAGGUUCCCAUGAUCGCUGUAUUUUGGGACAACGCCGACUUCUCCAGAGGUGUGGGCACCACCUUUUACCAGGAGUUCUCCACCCUCAACACGGCCAAGCCUCCGUUUGUCCGUGACGUGGAAGCGAAGGUUCGGCGGUACAUGAGGUCCUCCUACUCUGCAGCCUGGACCCUGAAAAUCACCUGGGAGAAGGCACCUGUCUAUUCAUCACGGACUGACACCCGGAAGACCAUCACAUACCAGGCUGUCCUGACCACUGAUGGCUUCAGGUCCUACAUCCUGAUGCUGUACCAGGACGGAGGGAUGCAGUGGGAUUACACCAGGCUCACUGCCACCAAUGUGCUCAUCGGCUACACCAGUGGGGAUGGCUUUUACCACAACGAUGACCUGAGUAAGAGACCUCCAGCUGCCAAAUAUCGCCCUGACCAGUUCAGGGGCUACAACACAGACCUCCGUGGGCUGUGGAUUUACAAGCUGGAGAGCCGUGUGGGCAUCAACUACCGGCUGAAGUGCCUGGCAUGGACGGGGCAGCAGCAGGAGCCGCGGACAUGGAGCCAGGGCCUGCCCACCUGCCCCUGCUCCCUGCAGCAAGGGCAGCAGGAUCCACGCUUCAAGAGCAGCCGUGGAGGUCGGUGGGCUGCCCGUGUUUCCAUGCUGCACUCGGCCUCCCCCAACCAGCACGGCGCCGGUGUCCGCUGCCUGUACGACAGCCAGAACCAGCUCAUCGAAGGGCGGCAGGAGAGGUACUGGAGGUCCUCCAGGCAGGCGUCACCCUACCGUGACCAGGAGCUGAAGCUGUAUGACUGGUGCUGCAACCGGGCGAGCAGUGCCCACCUCUGCGCCCGCUACAGUGAGAAGAGGCCAAAGAUUGGCUGUGAUGGAUACCAGUCACCUGGCAUGGAUUCCUCGGAGGAGGUAGAGAGAGACUCGGAUGAGGAAAUAGAUGAAGAUGACAAGUAA